AUGAAAGAUAUUAUUGCAGCCAUUGAAAGAAACGAUCGUUUUCAAUCAGAUUUAGAUGGCAAACGUCUUCUUCAAUUAACAAAUGCAGCAAAAAGUAAUUUAAAUAUUGAUUUACACAAACUUGAUCUCGAAAUACGUCGUCAAUUUGGAAUUCAUUCUGUUGAAGUUACUGGUGAUGGAGCAUGUGCCUUUCGUGCGACUCUCAUAUCUGGAUUACAUCAAUCCGAUGUCUAUCAUAGCGAACUACGUGAACGUGCUAUUGAACAAGUAUUGAAUAAUAUAGAUUAUUAUUCAACUGUAUUAAGACCUGGUGAAAAGGUAAGUGAGAAAGAAUUGAAAGAUUGGGCAAAAUCAAUGGCUGACCCCAACACCUAUGGAGAUGAAAUGGCUAAUAUGGCUAUAGCACAAAAAUAUCACAUUCAAUUAGUUAUUUUUCGUGCUGGAGAAUUACUUACUGUUGUUAAUCCACGUGAUGGAUAUGUUGAACAUACAGCAUUUCUUGUCAAUGUUGGUACACAUUAUAAGGCACUCGUAUCUGGCCAUGAAUUAGAAGCAGCACGUAGAAAUUCUGAAUGUCUCUCAAAACUUACUUAG